AUACGGAAGUGAGAUCUAUAAAGUGGGUAUAUAAUCCAGAUCCCUUCGUUGUGUACUGUUUUGUGUUGGAAAUGGACAGAUUUGAGUGGUCCGACGGAAGGUUGAUGCCAACAGAGUCCAUAAUAACCCAGCAAUCAGACGUGAAGAUUUAUGAUGGCGAAGAAAAGACUCAAUUUGAACGAGGUAACAUACAACUAACCUCUUACAGAAUUCUUUGGCAAGAUGCAGUAAGACCAAAUUGCUCACUUUGUCUGAAUUUGAGAAGUAUUGUUUUCACUGAAGAACAAAAAUCAAGCUUCACUAAAAGUCCCAAAAUUGUUUUAUUCUUGCAUCCUGCUGAAGCCAGUAAACCUGCAGGCCCAGUUGUACAUAGUCAGUAUCCGUAUAUUAGAAUUUCAUUUAAAGAAGGAGGGCAGACAGAGUUUUACAGAUGUUUAUCAGAACAGUUGUCAAGACGACUAUGGGAGCAUCAAUCAAGUCAACCAUUGAAAAUGAAAAAAGUUCAUGCAGGGAUUGUAGGAAUUGAAAGAAAGCUGGAGGAGAAAAGGAAAGAAACUGACCAGAACAUCUCAAUGGCUUUUCAAGAUUUGAAUAAAUUAAUGCAUCAGGCAAAACAAAUGGUUGAUUUGUCCAAAAAUAUAGCAACAAAAAUUAAAGAGAAGAAGGGAGACAUUACAGAGGAUGAGACUGUUAAAUUCAAAGCUUACCUGUUAAGUCUUGGUAUAACUAAUCCUGUGACGCGGGAAACACAUGGAUCUGGGACUAAGUAUCAUAAAGAAUUAGCUAAGCAGUUGGCCACUAUUUUAGAAACUCCCAUCAAAGAUAAUGGUGGUAUAAUGGCAUUAACAGAUGUGUACUGUAGAGUUAAUAGAGCAAGGGGUAUGGAGUUAUUGUCACCGGAUGACCUUGUCGAAGCCUGUAAACAAUUUGAAAUUCUGGGAUUGCCAUUAAGGCUCAGAAUAUUUGCAAGUGGAGUCAAAGUUUUAGAACUGGUGUCCCAUGCAGAAGAACAAGCAAUAAACCAGACUGUAGAGCUGUUAUCAAGUAAGGGAUGUCUUUCAGCUGAUGAAUUAUCACAUAUUAUUGGCAUAUCAGUUUUAUUAGCAAAAGGAAGACUUUUGGCUGCAGAAGAGAAGGGAAGAGCUUGUCGUGAUGAAUCAGUAGAAGGAAUAAGAUUCUUCCCAAAUUUAUUUAAAACACAAUCUGUUGGAUAAUCAUUUUGGUGUUACAGUGAAGGAUCCAACUAAAACGUCUCCCGUCCCAAUAUGAAUAGAAUGUAUACUCUUAUGAUUUGUGACUGUUACAGAUUUGAAUUAUUCUGUAAAGUUCAGAAUAAAAAGAUAUUUAUAAA